UUUGUCGGAAGUAUUGAGAGUUUAUAUUAUGUUCAUUCUAUCUGUUGACAUCCUUAUCCUGUUGUAAAGUUUGAAUAAAUUUGAUGUAAACAAGAUUACUCUGUUCUACUUCUCGGCGAAGGCCGCCAAAGUUGUUACCUUGUGUUGGCAAGUGUUGAUUGUAGCGGUUGCCGGGUGCCCCCGGGACGCUCGCAACAUGGCGGAGAGUAAUCACAUCUAAAAAGUAACAAAACUGGAAAAAAAAGAAACAGCCAAAUUGACAAGUGCAAUGCGUCCGCGUUAGCGCCCCAGCCCCUCCCUCAUCAUGACCACCAGCGGCUUCAUCACCACCUACCGCAAUGACUUCCUGUGGCCCUUCGUCCGAACUGCCCCCCUCAGGCCGGGAUGCCAGGGCGUCCGCUACACCACGGUGCCCUCCCCCGAGCAGGCCCUGGAGCGGGGGCUCUGCCUGGAGGAGUACGAGCGCCUGCUGGAGGCGCGGCGGCGCUGUCAGGCGGAGGCGGAGCAUGCCGUGGAGCUGCACGCCGGCCGAGCUGGCCCGCACACGCCGCCGCUCGCCUCGCUGGGCCACGCCGGCAACGCCCCCGCCCCCCACGGCUACUGCCUGCCGCCCGACCUGCAAGUAGCGCGCAACGACCGCGCGCAGGAGAACCUCAAGAUGCUGCAGGAGAAGCACCCCUACCUGUUCAACAUGAUCCGGUCCUGCCCGCCUGACGACCUGGUGGCCAGAGUGUUCAAGGACAGGUACCGCAGCAUCUACCAGGUGGACUACUGCAAGCAAGGCGAGUACCCCAACAGCGAGUACGACGCGCUGGUGGCCGGCUCGGGGCUGGCGGGCUCCGCUCCCGGGGCGCUGCCCUACUGCCCCUGCAGGUCGGCCAACAGCUCCUCCGACGGCGGCCGCAUGGGCGUCGUGUCCCUCGACCGCAACAGGCAGUUGCAAAUGUGCGAGAUGGCGGCGGAGGAGACGAAGAGCAGCGACGGCGACAUCGAGGUGUGCUUGUGCGGCCUGGUGCCCAAGCGGCCGCAGUUCGCGCGCAAGUGCGCCAUCUCCUGCAAGGCCAAGAGCCGCAGCCGGCCGCGCGAGGGCAUGAUGGGCGAGGGCGGCGACCUGAACCAGUACCGCACCGAGUACCGCGACAGCUACAGCAAGCUGGGGGGCAUCAUCCUGGCCGAGAACAUCCACUGCAACUCGCGGGCCCGGCGACCCGGGACGUGACCUCCAGCGACUCCCUUUCCCCCCACCCCACCCGUCUGGCCAAUAAAGAUGUGAUUACUCAGUGUCGUGACUGCAUUGUGAGUGGGGAUGUUCGGAAUGAGCUACACAUUUUUCCGGUUUCAUUCAGUUCGUGUAUUUUGCCGAAACUUGGGAUGAGGUCAUGAGUAGGGGUCUG